AACCCACGCGGCCAUGCCUCAACGGCCCAACGCACCACCCCAUCCUUGCAGAACUGAACCCACCACGCCUGCACUCCUCGCUCACUCGCUCGUCGUCGUCUGUGUAAGAGUGUAUAAUAAGGCCAUAAGCCAUUCGGGAUUUUUUCUCUGUCCCCCUCCUUCAACUCUGUUCGAGUCCAUACUCCAUACUCCAGACUCAAAUUCUCAUCAAGGUGUAGAAAGACGAGAUCCUUUUUGGGUUUUUACUUUUCCCAGGGACGUCUCCCAGCCGCUCCGCCCGUCCGUUCUGCCAUUCUCUUGAUCUCUUCUCCGCCACACUAACAACAAACAAGUAUACAAGAAAGGGAAUACCGACGCAAUAUCGAAAAUUCUCACUGAUGACUGAACCAAAUAGAACGAGGAAAAAUAGACGCUGCUUUUAUUUUUCCAUGGCAGUGGCUUGGUCUCCUCUCCGCCACUAGCAAGACGCUGUUUGUACUUCUGCGACUGCUAGAGACAUUUGUACUUCUUCAACAUUAAAGGAUAUCGACGGCCAGUCGGCGUUGUUGUGCUGGAUUCUUGCCCCUGAAUGAUCCAAAGGUAUAACAAUGAGAACAGGGUGUCACAAGAAUCACACGAAGUCUUCUUGGCCGAAAAUAGUCGUAAGAAAGUGGUUGAACAUCAAGAGCAGAGCCGACGAGUUUCAUUCAGAUUAUGCCACAAGAGGGGCCGUGGGCACGAGAGAAAGAAGGAAAAGCUGCUCUGACGAUGAGCGAUAUGUUUUCCUGUCAUGCGGCUUCCAAGGGUGGGUGAUGGAGACUGCAGAGAAUCCGAAAGGGUCGAGAUUCGAACCGGAAGGUCCAGUUAUCGCUGAUACUCUUGACCUGAGGAUGUUCGUUGGCACUUGGAACGUAGGAGGGAAAUCACCAGACGAGCGCUUGAACCUAACGGACUGGCUACGGACUCCUGCUCCAUCUGACAUAUAUGUACUCGGGUUCCAGGAAAUCGUCCCUUUAAAUGCAGGGAAUGUACUUGGUGCUGAGGACAACGGUCCCGCUACGAAGUGGCUAUCGCUGAUUCGUAGAGCUUUGAACGACAGCGACAAAGACCAAGAAGUUGACCGAAACAAUACGGAGGACACCACUGACGCAAAUUGUAAAGGGUGCUCCAAUGCCCAGCUCGACUUUGACCACGGCAACGUGAAGCAAAAACCCAGAAUUAGUUUCUCGGAUCUUCUUUCGAUGGAGGAUGAACUGGAUACAGAGGAUUUUGAAAGGAUUUGCAGUUCAUUUCAAACUUCGAAUUCAGGCGAGGAAGACUUGCUCUGCCUACCGGGAGGAUUUUGCAGUCAAAUGCGGAGCCAAUAUUGCUUGGCCGCAAGCAAACAGAUGGUGGGUAUCUUCCUGUGCGUAUGGGUGCGCUCUGAUCUCAGCCGAUGCAUUAGUAAUUUGAAGGUUUCUUGCGUUGGAAGGGGCAUCAUGGGAUAUCUCGGAAAUAAGGGCUCCAUAUCUAUAAGUAUGACACUACACCAAACAACAACAUUCUGUUUUGUUUGCACGCACCUGACCUCAGGCGAAAAAGAAGGGGAUGAGGUGCGAAGAAAUUCGGACGUUGUGGAAAUACUGAAGAGAACGAGAUUUCCUCAAUCCAACAGAGACCGUGGUGGACGGGAGGUGUCCUCGUCAUCCUCUCCUGAUAACAUAUUAGGCCAUGAUAAGAUUAUUUGGCUUGGUGAUUUAAAUUAUCGUCUCGCUUCGACCUGUGAGGAUGACGACACUCACCAGCUUUUGAAGAAGAACGACUGGCAAGCCCUCCUGGAGAAAGACCAGCUGAGGAUAGAGCAACGAGCGGGUCGAGUGUUUAGUGGGUGGGAAGAAGGGGUGAUAUAUUUCGCUCCGACCUACAAAUACAUCGCCGAUUCUGACGAUUACGUUCUCCACACCUCUAAUUCUAAAUCAUCAAAACAAAAGAGGCGCACGCCUGCCUGGUGCGACCGGAUACUAUGGAAAGGGGAAGGAGUGAAGCAGAUGUGGUACAUGAGAGGGGAAUCAAGGUUCUCGGAUCACAGGCCCGUUUAUUCAUUGUUCUCUGUGCAACUUAACGUGGCUAACAACAACAGGGUCAGGGUCAGGGUCAGUACUUCAACCGGAACAGCCGUACACGCCGCAAGCCGCAGCAAUAUUAUUUCUCCGUCGACAUUGCUGGCUAGCAUGUCAUCAUCGUGCAUAACUAGGGUGCAAGCCGAAGAGCUUCUGCUAUUAACGAGGGAGCACCAUGCAAGCUGCUGCAUUUAACGAGGGACCGUCUCCAGGUCCUCCUGAUCAUUCUUUUUACCCAUUCAUCAAAAUCUGGAGCAGCCCACCUUCGCAAGUUAGGCUAACAGCAGAACAAUGCAUUACACUUGAAGUGAGAUGUGUUAAAUCAAGUUAACAGAGGGUUAGAAUGUAAUCUGUUCCAUACGUAGCUUAAUUUCUUUUUUAUCCACCCCUACCAAAAUAAAAAAGAAUUUUAAAUCAUAAGCCUGAGGAUAUGCAAGCCUCAUACUUGAUUCACACGUUGAAGAUUGGGGAGUGAAUGCGAAUAUAUUGUCCCAAACCCCACUUAUCAUUUUGGUCAAAAAGCCCAUUCAAAAUCUUGUCAUUUUGGAAGCAUAGCUUUUUUUUUUGCAAAAAUCAAUUCAUGAGGAAUAUUCAAACUUUUAUAUAUUUGUCUUAUAAAAACAGUUUGCAAAUUGCUGAUUACU